AAAACUACAUAUGCUCCCAACGACUUAUCCUAAAUGUGCUUACGCGUUUUAUGACAGCACCGAGACAUAGGUUUGGGCACUUCUUGCCAUUGGCUGGGAUACCCCGACAGGCUUUAGAAACUCCGAAUACGAUUUACCUAGAGCGCUCCUUACAGUGGUAUGAAGAGAGCAAGAGCGAAGCCAUAGCAGUGGUAUAGCCGUGUGCCCAGGCUUAUGACCUAGUGCUGCACAUUCUACGCUAGCCAUACAAAUUCUUGCCUCUGUUCAUCGCAAGACCGCGAGGUACUCCGUUACAAAUGGAUUGGCGCCAACUCCCAACUGCUUGCUCAAUUGAAGGCGACCCAAAUUACCAAGACUGCCGGCUGCCUCGCGAUGAAGCGAUAGGAUUGGGUUUAAUUCAAGAACCUGCGUCUGAUGAAGCAAUCAGCUUAUCAGAUCUUCCCGAGUUUCAAUACUUACCUCUACUCGACCCUCGUCGCUCCAUUCGCGUUCUAUGUCUCGAAGGACCUCGACGGGUGCAGGGUCAUCAUCAGGAAACGGUACCGUCUGCAUCUUUCCAUCAUUUCCCACUAGUUGCAAAAUUGCCGUUCAUUGCUCUUUCGUAUGCUUGGGGAAAUCCUGAAAAGAAAUGUCCGAUCCUGCUGAACGAUUGCCUUUUCUGGGUGACCGAAAGUCUCGCCAGUGCUUUGGAACGCUUUCAAGAGCAAGACCGCAUGCUGCCACUAUGGGCUGAUGCUAUUUGUAUAAACCAAGAGGACCUCAAGGAAAAGGGACCGCACGACUAGUACUCGGCUGGAUCGGCCCUGUUGCCGAUGACAGCGACGUGGCGCUGAAGUCACUCGCGCACAUUGGCCGUGAGCUGCCAGGUGGAUUAGCAUCAUCGUAUGAGGAAAGGUACCGAUGGUUUACGGACCUAGUCCCUGAAGAUGAAACGAACCCCGAGUAUGCCUUUCCAGUGGCAGCUAUUGUGGCACUUGUCAACCGACCGUGGUGGCGACGAAUCUAGGUAGCUCAAGAGGUGGCGUUAUCAAAGAUCUUCCACGUAAUAUCCGGCGAAUCUUCCGUUCACUUCGAACUUGCUAUCAUUGCCUUCCGCCUUCUAGCUCAGCU